AUGGAAGAAUCGGAAGAGUAUGUGGUAACUGAUUACGAAUAUGGCGAAUUUGAGCAGGAGUUAGAUGAAGGAAAGGACGUCAAGGAGACACACAGUGAACCCCACCUACCGGAAGCCCCAUCAGAACCACACACGGUUCAGAAGAGUGAUACAGACCAUAUACACUCUCUUGCGAAAGAAAUAACCAAUCUCAAGUGUCAACUCUUCACAGCCAAAGCUAGGGCUGUACGAUCCGAUCAAAGGGAAGAGGUAAUCACCCAAGAGGUGAAUGAACUGCCUGAACUUCUGAUACGUCAGCUCGAUGAUUGA